GUCAUUUCGUUUCGGUUGCGUCUCUGUGCUUUAAACCCUACGAACCUUAAGACCUCUCCGAUGGCCACCGCCGCUCUUCUCCGCUCGCUCCGACGCCGCGAGCUCCACUCAGCCUCCGUCUCAGCUUACAAAUCCCUAUCUGCAAAUGGAAAUACGUCUUUGGCUGGGAAAUUGGGUUUCUUGGCGAGGCCUUUCAGCGCCAGACCCGUCGGUAAUGAUGUUAUUGGUAUCGACUUGGGUACCACCAAUUCUUGUGUGGCCGUGAUGGAAGGAAAGACACCUAAGGUGAUUGAGAAUGCCGAAGGAACUCGAACCACUCCUUCAGUGGUUGCGAUCAACCAGAAGGGUGAACUCCUUGUGGGAACCCCAGCCAAACGUCAGGCAGUGACAAACCCAACAAACACAGUUUUCGGGACCAAACGUCUGAUUGGGAGACGGUUUGAAGACUCUCAGACACAGAAGGAGAUGAAAAUGGUCCCAUACAAGAUUGUUAAAGCUCCAAAUGGUGAUGCUUGGGUCGAAGCAAAUGGGCAAAAGUACUCUCCUAGCCAGAUUGGAGCUUUUGUUCUCACGAAAAUGAAGGAAACUGCCGAAGCAUACCUUGGGAAAACUAUCACCAAAGCUGUUAUUACUGUUCCUGCUUAUUUCAAUGAUGCACAGAGACAAGCCACUAAGGAUGCUGGGAGAAUCGCUGGUCUUGAUGUCCAGAGGAUCAUCAACGAACCAACAGCUGCUGCCCUGUCAUAUGGUAUGAACAACAAGGAGGGUAUCAUAGCUGUUUUCGAUCUUGGAGGAGGAACCUUUGAUGUUUCCAUCUUGGAAAUUUCCAAUGGUGUUUUCGAGGUGAAAUCAACAAAUGGAGAUACCUUUUUGGGAGGAGAAGACUUUGACAACACCUUAUUGGAGUACUUGGUCAGCGAGUUCAAGAGUACGGAUGGAAUUGAUCUGACGAAUGAUAGGCUAGCCCUCCAAAGGUUGAGAGAAGCUGCUGAGAAGGCCAAGAUAGAGCUUUCGUCGACAUCUCAGACAGAAAUCAACCUACCAUUUAUUACAGCUGAUGCUUCUGGUGCAAAGCACUUGAACAUCACCCUAACCAGGUCAAAGUUUGAAGCCUUGGUUAACAAGUUGAUCGAGAGGACAAGGGCCCCAUGCCAAAAUUGUCUGAAGGAUGCUGGAAUCACGGUUAAAGAAGUCGAUGAGGUUCUGCUUGUUGGUGGAAUGACCCGUGUUCCGAAAGUUCAAGAGAUUGUUUCUGAGAUCUUUGGCAAGAGUCCUAGUAAAGGUGUUAACCCUGAUGAAGCAGUUGCCAUGGGAGCUGCUAUCCAAGGUGGUAUCCUUCGUGGUGAUGUGAAGGAGUUGCUUCUUUUGGAUGUGACCCCUCUGUCCCUUGGUAUCGAAACUCUUGGUGGAAUUUUCACCAGGUUGAUCAACCGAAACACCACUAUUCCCACAAAGAAAUCACAGGUUUUCUCGACAGCAGCAGACAACCAGACACAAGUGGGUAUCAAAGUCCUUCAAGGAGAGCGUGAAAUGGCAUCUGACAACAAACUCCUCGGAGAAUUUGAGCUUGUGGGUAUUCCUCCAGCCCCGAGAGGAAUGCCCCAAAUCGAAGUAACCUUCGACAUUGAUGCCAAUGGUAUAGUUACUGUCUCGGCCAAAGACAAGGCCACCGCAAAAGAACAGCAGAUCACCAUCCGAUCUUCCGGAGGUCUCUCAGACGAUGAGAUCGAGAGAAUGGUGAAAGAAGCCGAGCUCCAUGCUCAGAAGGAUCAAGAGAGGAAGGCUCUGAUCGACAUAAGGAACAGCGCUGACACGACUAUCUACAGUAUCGAGAAGAGCUUGAGCGAGUACAGAGAGAAGAUCCCUACAGAGAUUGCGACUGAGAUUGAAACCGCUGUGUCUGAACUCAGGAGUGCCAUGACGGGAGAAAACAUCGAUGAGAUCAAGGCCAAGCUCGAAGCUGCAAACAAGGCUGUUUCGAAAAUAGGUGAACACAUGUCUAAAGGAUCUUCCUCUGGUGGGUCUGACCAAGGAAACAGCGGCGCCGGCGGCGGUGAGCAGACACCAGAAGCUGAAUAUGAAGAGGCAAGCGGUUCCAAGAAGUGAGGGAGAAACUGGUCUGAAUCAUGAAUUUGAAUUUGAUUUUUUUUUCCAGAAAUAAGUUUUAGUUUGAUUCUUGAUCAAGAAAAGAAGUUAGCAGAUGAGCUUGUAUCUAGAAUUUUUUGGAGGUAGGCUGUUGAGCUCUGAAUCCAUUUGAGAUUUGCUUGAUGCAAAUUACUUGGAAAAACCCUUAUUUUUAUUUUCAAAACGUUUUUAUAUGGGAUCGAA